GGGAAGAGAAAUGGAAUCGAUUCAAUCUAGAUAGUACAAAAAGAAGAUAGACCACCCCGAUCUUACAGGCUCUGUUUACGGGAUCACAUAAAAAGGGUGAUCUAUAUGUCUCUAUACUCUAGACACAGUACACAGUAGAAUACGGUGGGGGUAAAGUGGUAUGGACGCGACACGUGAGGUCAUUCAUGACGUCAUACCCAUCCCGGCUCUUCCUCUCACUUCUUCCCUCUUGCUGCAUCCACCACCUCUCUCUCCCUCCCCUCCCUCCCUCUCUCUCUCUCUCUCGCUACAGUAUUCACCCCCGUGCUAAUCCUCAUCAUGCCCGACAUCUAUCCUGCCCUUCGCAAUCGCCGCAGCAAUGACCUCGCCCGUCUGGCCGACCAGCAUCUGCAGCACGACCUCCGCCCUCAGGACCGCGACGCCCUCAAGGCUGCAUCCCACAAGGUCGCCUUCUGGACCACCGUCGGCUCCGCUGUUGGCCUGGGGCUCGGUCUCUAUGCCGCCUUCCGUCUGAGAAGCUCGCGCAAGGCCUUCUUCGAGGUCUUUCGCGCCCGCGAGAAGCCCACCCAAGUCGUCUUCGCGGACGGUCGCACCGAGCCCAUCCCGGACAUCACCCCCCUGUUGAAGCCCACCACGCUCGGGGACUUCACCACCUACUUCUUUGCCGGCGCGGGAGGUCUGUUCUUGGGCGGCGAACUCGGGUUCCUUGGAGGCGCGGGCAGUGGAAGCCGCUGCAUCACCGCUGAUCCCGAGAGAAGACAAAGAAUCGAGACGGCGUUCCGGAAGUUCCGCGCAGAGGUGCUGCGAAAGGAGGCGGAUGAGUUGGAUCGCGGGCUGGAUGUAUCCGACCAGAUGUUCUAA